GUGUGCGUCCCCUGGCCCCGGCGGGCGGUUGGAGGGACCCCCUGUAAUCAGGCGGGUAUCCCUGGCCCCGGUCUUUCAGAGGCAUGGGGCCAGGAGUCACGGGGCCGGGCGCGUGCCCUCACUGUCCUCGGGGCUGGGCUCGCGGCCCCUCGGGCCCCUCGGCUUUAGGCCGUCAGCUCGACUGCCUGACUCUAGAGUCUGGUUCCUGUCGCCUUGGGGGAAGGCCGAGCUCUGGGGCUCCCUGGGUGUGGACCGGCCUGUAAGCAGGCUGCGGGUCUGGGAGCCUUUGUGCUCCCUUCAGCUGGCAGCCUGCAUGGGGCGCCCGCCCCGUUAGUGGGGAGCGCCCCGCAACCGGAGAGGAGGAGCCUCCGUAGGCCAUGGGGACCAGAGCCGCCCUGUAAGUCGGGGCCAGUGCUCUGGAGUCCCGGGCACUUUGCAGUCCAGGCAGCGGCUUGAGCCCCCUGUAAGCAGGGGUGCAGCCUCUUGGCCGCUGCUUGGCAUGCCCAGCUUCAUUUGCCCAGAGGGCCCGGCUCCCAGCACGGCGUGGGACUGCGCCGGACGUCGCGAUGAAGCCGUGGAACAGCGAGGCAAGAGCGAGCCGCAGGAGCAGCAUCUCCGAGCUCAAGAGUGGAACGGCGAGGCAAGAGCGAGCCGCAGGAGCGGCGUCUCCGAGCUCAAGAGUGGGACGGCGAGGCAAGAGCGAGCCGCAGGAGCGGCGUCUCCGAGCUCAAGAGUGGGACGGCGAGGCAAGAGCGAGCCGCAGGAGCGGCGUCUCCGAGCUCAAGAGUGGGACGGCGAGGCAAGAGCGAGCCGCAGGAGCGGCGUCUCCGAGCUCAAGAGUGGGACGGCGAGGCAAGAGCGAGCCGCAGGAGCGGCGUCUCCGAGCUCAAGAGUGGGACGGCGAGGCAAGAGAGAGCUUCAGCAUUGGCGGCUUCGAGCUCAGGAGUGGGACGGCGAGGCAAGAGCGAGCCGCAGGAGCGGCGUCUCCGAGCUCAAGAGUGGGACGGCGAGGCAAGAGCGAGCCGCAGGAGCGGCGUCUCCGAGCUCAAGAGUGGGACGGCGAGGCAAGAGCGAGCCGCAGGAGCGGCGUCUCCGAGCUCAAGAGUGGGACGGCGAGGCAAGAGCGAGCCGCAGGAGCGGCGUCUCCGAGCUCAAGAGUGGGACGGCGAGGCAAGAGCGAGCCGCAGGAGCGGCGUCUCCGAGCUCAAGAGUGGGACGGCGAGGCAAGAGAGAGCUUCAGCAUUGGCGGCUUCGAGCUCAGGAGUGGGACGGCGAGGCAAGAGCGAGCCGCAGGAGCGGCGUCUCCGAGCUCAAGAGUGGGACGGCGAGGCAAGAGCGAGCCGCAGGAGCGGCGUCUCCGAGCUCAAGAGUGGGACGGCGAGGCAAGAGAGAGCUUCAGCAUUGGCGGCUUCGAGCUCAGGAGUGGGACGGCGAGGCAAGAGCGAGCCGCAGGAGCGGCGUCUCCGAGCUCAAGAGUGGGACGGCGAGGCAAGAGCGAGCCGCAGGAGCGGCGUCUCCGAGCUCAAGAGUGGGACGGCGAGGCAAGAGCGAGCCGCAGGAGCGGCGUCUCCGAGCUCAAGAGUGGGACGGCGAGGCAAGAGCGAGCCGCAGGAGCGGCGUCUCCGAGCUCAAGAGUGGGACGGCGAGGCAAGAGAGAGCUUCAGCAUUGGCGGCUUCGAGCUCAGGAGUGGGACGGCGAGGCAAGAGCGAGCCGCAGGAGCGGCGUCUCCGAGCUCAAGAGUGGGACGGCGAGGCAAGAGCGAGCCGCAGGAGCGGCGUCUCCGAGCUCAAGAGUGGGACGGCGAGGCAAGAGCGAGCCGCAGGAGCGGCGUCUCCGAGCUCAAGAGUGGGACGGCGAGGCAAGAGCGAGCCGCAGGAGCGGCGUCUCCGAGCUCAAGAGUGGGACGGCGAGGCAAGAGAGAGCUUCAGCAUUGGCGGCUUCGAGCUCAGGAGUGGGACGGCGAGGAACCGUGGGACGACGAGGCAAAUACAGCAGCGUCUUGGAGCUGGAGUGUGGAACGGCGAGGCAAGAGCGAGCUUGGAGCUGAAGAGGGACACGAGGGGCCCUCUGGGCAAAGGGCUUUUCCAGGCCAGGGCACCUUCAGGGUGCCGCGGCUGGUUUUGCGCUGGGCGACCCCCCUGUGUGCAGGGCUGGGUCUUUGCUGUGGUUGGCCUUUUGCCGUUGUGCUCCUUUGGCUGCCCGGAGAGAGGGGCAACCCUGUAAAGGAGGGUGAGAGCCCCUGUCUCUGCACCUGAGGGGGGAAACGGAGCUCUCCCGGC